AUGCAGACGAUACCAAAAGAAUAUAUUUCAACCCCUUUCAUUCAUUCUUUCUUUCUUUGCGUCUUUUUUUUCUUUUUUUCUUUUUUUUUUCUUUCUUUCUUUCUUUCUUUCUUUCUUUCUUUCUUUCUUCUGAGAUUCCAAACUAAAGCAUUUUCAAUUCCUCUCUUUCUUUAUUUUCUCCUGAGAUUCCAAAAGAAAACAUUUUCAAUCGCUUUCUUUCUUUCUUUCUUUCUUUCUUUCUUUCUUUUGAGAUUCCAAAUCUAUACAGUCCCAAAAGAAACAUUUUCAAUCGCUUUCUUUCCUUUUUUGUCUUUCUUUUUUUUUCUUUCUUUUUUCUUUCUUUUUUCUUUCUUUUUUCCUUCUUUCUUUCAUUUUCUUUCUUUCUUUUUCUUUCUUUCUUUCUUUUUCUUUCUUUCUUUUUCUUUUUUCUUUCUUUCUUUUUCUUUCUUUCUUUUUUCUUUUUUCUUUUUCAUUUUUUCUUUCUUUUUUCUUUCUUUUUUCUUUCUUUCUUACUUUUUCUUUUUUCUUUCUUUCUUUAUUUUAUCUUUCUUUCUUUCUUUUUUCUUUCUUUUUUCCUUCAUUCUUUCAUUUUCUUUCUUUUCUUUCUUUCUUUCUCUUUCUUUCUUUUUUCUUUCUUUUUUCUUUCUUUUUCUUUCUUUCUUUCUUUCUUUUUUCUUUCGUUUUCUUUUUUCUUUCUUUUUUCUUCCUUUCUUUCUUUUUCUUUCUUUUUUCUUUCUUUUUUCUAUCUUUCUUUCUUACUUUUUCUUUCUUUCUUUUUUCUUUCUUUUUUCUUUCUUUUUUCUUUCUUUCUUUCUUACUUUUUUCUUUCUUUUUUCUUUCUUUCGUUCUUUUUUCUUUCUUUCUUUCUUUCUUACUUUUUCUUUCUUUUUUCUUUCUUUCUUUCUUUGUUACUUUUUCUUUCUUUUUUCUUACUUUCUUUUUUCUUUCUUUUUUCUUUAUUUCUUUCAAUUUUCUUUCUUUCUUUUUUCUUUCGUUCUUUUUUCUUUCUUUCUUUUUUCUUUCUUUCUUUUUCUUUCUUUCUUUACUUCUUUCUUUUUUCUUUCUUUCGUUCUUUUUUCUUUUGAUAUUCCAAAUCUAUACAGUUUCAAUCCUUUCUUUCUUUCUUUCUUUCUUUCUUUCUUUCUUUUGAGAUUUCAAACCAAAGCAUUUUCAGUUUCUUUCUUUUUUUUUUUUUCUUUCUUUCUUUCUUCUUUCUUUCUUUUUUUUCUUUACUUUUGUUUGUUUCUUUCUUUCUUUCUUUCUUGCUUGCUUCUUCUGAGAUUCAAAAAAAGUAUCUUCAAUCCCAUUCUUUCUUUCUUUCUUGCUUUCUUUCUUUCUUUCUAUCUAUCUAUCCUUCCUUUUUCCCUUCCUUUGAGAUUCCAAACCAAAGUAAUUUUAAUUUCUUUCUUUCUUUCUUUCUUUCUUUCUUUCUUUCUUUCUUUCUUUCUUUCUUUCUUUUUCUUUCUUUCUUUCUCCUGUGAUUGCUAG